AUACAUACGAACAUUCAUAUACACGCGCAGUUGGGAGAAAUAAUGUGCAAAAUUGUAUCAAAAAAUCCAUAGUGCAUAAUUUCUCGGGAAAAUCGUGUAAAGAGUUGUAAGAAAAUAAGUGAACACGAACAAGCCGGCUCAGCAGGAGGUCAACGCAAAGCAAAAGGAAUUAAAGAUAUACACAAAUACAUACAUAUAUAAAUUGUAUUUGGCAUUACGCAUGAGAUGUUGGGGGAUGAGAAAUGCCUUCGUGUCGGCAGCAGCAACUACGUCGUCGUCGAUAUCGAUGCCUUAUUCACCGCAUCAUCCGAGUCAGCAGCAAAAAUCUAAUAAUUAAGUGAAUAUAAUAAGUGAAUAACAAGAAUUUGUGUGUGCAAAAAGCUAAGGCAAAAAAAAAACAAUUAAUUUCCGAAAAUUAUAAGAAGUGCAUCCGAAAGCGAACAAAAGAUUUAAAAGGGCAAAAUAAAAAUAAAAGGUGUAAAAUCAAUUUGAAUUUUCAAAUAACAAAAAAACCACAACAAAACACGAGAAAAUGAAGCGACGCAAUGCAGAUUACGGUAAACUGCGUCGACCAAUGAAACGCAACAAAAUUACAGAGGGCAUGUACGGCAGCACAACGGUUUUAUAUAUGAAAUUUCUAAUUCUAUGGGCCAUAGUGAUGGUUGCUGAUUUUAUGUUUAUGUUCCGCUUCGAGUUCUUAUGGCCAUUUUGGCUGUUAUUACGCUCUGUGCACGAUUCUUUCAAAUACAAGGGCCUGGCAUUCUCCGUACUUUUCGUGUGCAUAGCGAUUACAUCGGAUUUGGUGUGUCUAUUUUUCAUACCAGUUCACUGGCUACUCUUUUUGGCCAGCACAUAUGUCUGGGUGCAGUAUGUGUGGCAUACAGAUAAGGGCAUUUGUUUGCCAACCAUAAUUCUGUGGAUGUUAUUUGUCUACCUUGAGGUGGGCAUACGAUGGAAAGAUAGUCGCCAUAUGCCGCAUUUGGAUCUUUGUCGGCCCUUCGCUGCGCAUUGCAUUGGGUAUCCGGUUGUCACGCUUGGAUUUGGCUUUAAAAGCUACGUGGGCUACCGUAUGCGUCAGCGCAAGCAACGUGAAGUGGCUAAAGAGAAUGAAUUUUAUAUGCAAUUACUGCAGCAGGCUCUGCCCGCUGAGGAGGCCAGCGAUGAGACUGCCGCGACGACGUCGACGACAACAACUGCCGCCACUACCAAUGCCAAUGCCAACUCUUCCACAGUGGCGAUGGCCAAUGGUUCGGCUACUAUAGGAGUCGCCGCCGCCGCAGCAUUAACCUCUUCAUCAUCAGUAGUUGGACAGGCAAAUGGCAUUUUAGUCACAGCACAAAAUCAUCAUGAGCAUCAUCUUAACAGCAGCAGCAGCGGCGGCGCCGGCGCCAAUAGCACGACGAGCAAUAGUACUCAUCAUCAUCAGCAUCAUCAUCAUCAUCAGCAACAGCAACAGAGCAACAGCAGUAGUAAUAACAAUAACAAUAUCAAGGAUAAUGCUACAAAUGACACAAAUCAUACCACUACUGCAGCAGCGGGUACGCCAUCGUCCUCGUCUUCAGCGAAGCAUCAACAGUCGACAGCAGCAGCAGCAGCAGCGGCAGCAACAGCAUCAGCAACAACAACAGGUGCCACAUUAACUUCAAAUUAUUCAACAGGAUUUGCCAAAGUCUACCGUUCAUCUAUUUCUACUCUACUACUUUCCGCCUGUGGUUCACCACUUGGACCACUUGGCAUUGGCGAUAUUGAUGGUGGUUUUGUUGGUGGUUGUUGUGGUGCCAAUGGACAUGCUGGAGGCGGUGGUUCCAGAAAUCAUCGCCGUAGUAUGGACAAGGAAAAACAUCGGAAUAAAGGCAGCAGCGCUGAGGCGGAUAAUAAUAAAAAUAAUAGUAACUAUCACCAGGUAGAUACCAAUACAGGAUCCGCCACAACGUCAGCAGCCACAACCAGUAACAGUAAGGAUAAAGAUAAGGAGAAGUCAGACUGGGAUUGUAGCAAUAGCAACUAUCCACAACAACAGCAUCAACAACAAGGUGCAAAGGAUAAGCAGGAGAAAAAGGCUUCCAGUUCGGUAUCCAAUGGCAAUGUUGUGCAAAUUGAUCCAGAGGAAACAUCUGCUCCAGAGCCAACUCCACAAGUAGUGGAAAAGGCUACAAAGAGUCGUCGGAAUCGCGGCAAAAAGGACAAUCAUAAUAGUCAGCAGCAGCAGCAUCAACAACAACAACAACAACAAAAGGACAAAGAGCAAUCAUCGAGCAACAGUAGUAACAACAAUAACAAUAGCAAUACAAACAACAAUAAUAAUAACGAUGCCAGCUCAGUAUCUUCUUCAGCCAGCUCGACAACAUCCUCUAGCAACUCCACCUCCAAUACUAAUAAUAAUAAUAAUAGCAAGAAUGCCAUCAUCUCACAAUUAGCCAGCAAAGUGGUAUCGAAAAUCUGUGAAACAUGCCUCAAACUGGAAGCCGACGUGAAAAAAUAUCGUGCCGAGAUCAGUCAUAUGAAACAGAUCGAAAACGAGUUGCGUCAAAAGUUAGAUGUUAAUCUAACAAGCAAAUCACUACUCCAGGCCAAGCAAAAGGAAUGCGAUGAGCUUGAGAAACGUGUCCAAGAGCAAACAAAUACCCGACAUACGGAUAUGCUUUGCUUGCAAUCCGUGGAGAGACGACUGCAUGAGGAGCGAAGACAAAAACAAUCGCUCGAUGCACAAUUGGCUAAUGAGAAAAAGGCACGCAAGGCAGCUGAAGAGAAGGCCGCUCGUCCUGAAUGCAGUGCCCAGUGCAAGCAGAGACGCCAACAAAUGGAUGAGGAACUAAAACGUUUGCGGCAAGAACUAAAGCAAACGGAAGAGGCUAAGCAACUGGCCGUGGACCAUGGUCGAAAGUUCGAGCAAGAGUAUCAUAUGCUGGAAUCAGAGAUGCGUAAUCGUGAAGCGUCACAAUCGGACACCGAAUUGCUAAUGAAUGCCCUUGCCACAAUGCAGGAUAAGAAUAAAAUAUUGGAGAAAAAUCUAUCCGCAGAGACGAGAGUUAAGCUGGACUUGUUCUCGGCUCUCGGAGCAGCUAAGCGACAACUGGAAAUAUCCGACUGUAAUCGCCGCUCUAAGGAGGAUGAGGUCAUUGAUCUCAAGGCCAAAAUUGCCCAAUUGUUGGCUGUAAUGCCCGACAGCAUGUGCAUGAACACCGGUUCAGCUAGUAGCAUGUUGCGCAUGAAUGACACGCCUCCAUUGCAAUCAGGACCCGGUCCCGCAUCGCCGUUGCUUAGCCUCAGUGCUGCAGGACAAGACAACAACUCAGUUUCAAGUAUUCAGUUUAGCGGCGGCAUGUCUUUGCAUCAACAGCAGCAUCAGGUGCCCGUAUCCCAGCAACAGCAGCAACAAAUGGUGCCAGUGAGUGUAGCAGCUGCUCUCCAGGUGGCUGCUGCAAAUGUUAAUGGUGGUGUCUCCACUUUAGAUCCUAAUGCCAGUGUUUACACGCCCAAGGCCGGUAACAUGAUGGUUGUCUCGCCGGUUGGGAUGAAUCCCAAUGGCACGGAUGCCUGACGCCAGCAGCAACAGCCGCAGCAGCAGCAACAGUCGUCGUCCUCACAUUUGCAUCUGAGACGGCAAGUUUGAUGAGAUUAUUAUACUUUAUAUGAUGAGAAUAAAAAGCAAAUGAACAGAUGAUAAGCCAGGAUCAGGAGUUUCAAAGGAUCGAAGUCGUUUGCCUAUCUGAAUGUCCGUAAUAAGCAUAAGCAGUUUUCUUUCCACACACCGACACACACACACACACACACCUACACUCCUACAAUCACCACACAUAAACAUACCGCUCAUUUAAGAGUACACUGACUAAAAAGCAGAUGAUUAACCAGUUUUCUUUUUACUUCAAUCCAACAAUUUGGCAUUCCACCAACAUUAAGAAAUUGCAAUACCAAAAAUAGUCACAGUCAUACACAAAACAAAAACAACCACUCAGACACCCACCACAUUAAGAAAUUGUAAAACAAAACAUUGAGAUUCAUUAAAACUCAGACAUACACACAUUCUCAAUCUAUGUCCCCACAUUCUCAAUCUUCCUUCCCUCUCCAAGAAACGAGUCCUUUUACUUUAACAAAGAAUACUGAUUUGAAUGAAUUUCUAAGAAUAAUAACACAAAAACGAAAAAAAAAAAAGGAAAUUUGUAUUUUGUAUAAACUGAUGAUGCAAAUCCUGACCAACUACUACUACUACCACCUAACGAAUCAACCUUUAUGAUACGAUAUAUUAUAUACUAUAUAUUUUAUUUACCGAAACGCUGUGAGAGAAGUUGCUGGACCAGCCCUAAGUGAUGAUGGCCCUUGGUCCAUAAUAGUGUGGGGAUGUCAAAAGGGUGUCAUCCUCCAUUUUCGCCAAGGAAUUUAUAUAUUAAUGAAGUCUGCUCCCUUGAUUUAUAUUAUCUCAUUAAAUUAUUUUUUGUUAUUAAAAAAAAACACACACCACAUACAUACACACACACACACAACCUUAAAUUGUAUGGUUUAAUUUAGAAUUAACUACUAUUAUUUCUUCUUAAUUUGAAAACAAAAACGAGAAACAGUUCAUACAAUUAUUCUCUUUUUAAGUUUUAAUUUAUUUUUUGUUUAAUAAUUUUGGUGUUCCUAAGAAAAAAGAAAACAAAAACAAGAACUAAUUGAAAAACCAACGCUUAAGUUUAAUUGCGAACGAAAAGUGAAACGUCGAUCGACUAUUUUGUUUAAUAAUAAUAAGUAUAAUAAUAAAAAAAAAAGUAAAAAUAACAAGCUUUCCGCUACGUUAAGCUAGAACAUA